UCUCUCGCUGUCCCUCAGUGUCUCUCUGCCUCCUCGCUCAGCAGCUCCUCCAUGGAGAGCUGGUGCAGUCCUCCUCUUCCUCACUUCUUUAUCAUGACAUGAGAAGGAGACCGACCUCGGGGCUGAAUCUCGCCGUGUUUACCAGCGUGUUUACAGAUCAGCCCUCACAUCAUCCCGGCAACUUUUCUCCGUUUUCUUAAAGCGCCCCCUCCCCUGCUCCCUUCAGACCCCUCCCCUGCACUUUUCUCAUCCGCUCCCGGGAGAGAAGUCACUUCUCUGGGAAUCACAGGAGGCUGUUUCUUCUCCCUCUCUCUACGGGGAUCCGCAUGGAUGUGGCAUCGGUAGAGGGGAUGUCUCUGCCGGGUGUCCGACUCCGGAACCAGCCGCCGCAAGGGAUGCCGACCCAGAGGAAGGUCCGGGCGAGGCGGAAAAGGCGAAAGGAGUUGGUGUUGAUCCAGAUCUGCUUGUUCGGAGGCUUGCUGCUGCUCGUCAAGGGCUUUUCCUUCUUGGGGGGGAAUUCAGGUUUUGACAUCUCGAGCCAGAGCAGCGAGGACCAGGAGAGAUGGGGAGGAAGGAGGCUACUGCAGGAAAUGGACAACAGCAGCCUGGAGGAAAUAGAGAGUGAACAAUCUAAGAACUGCACAGCUCCAGGUCUGCACGAGUUCCCUACAGACCUGUUCACAAACAAGGAGCGGACAGAAGGAGCAGUGGCCCUGCAUGUCCUGUGUACCAUUUACAUGUUCUGUGCCCUGGCUCUGGUGUGUGAUGACUACUUCGUCCCCUCCAUGGAGAAGAUAUGUGAGCGUCUCGAUCUCAGCGAGGACGUAGCAGGCGCCACCUUCAUGGCUGCCGGAAGCUCGGCUCCUGAGCUCUUCACGUCAGUCAUAGGGGUUUUCAUCACCAAAGGCGAUGUCGGCGUGGGAACCAUUGUGGGCUCAGCCGUCUUCAACAUUCUCUGCAUCAUUGGCGUGUGUGGCUUCUUCGCCGGCCAGGCCGUGAAGCUCUCUCACUGGGCUCUACUCCGAGAUUCCAUUUAUUACACGUUUUCUAUCUUGGCCCUCAUUGCGUUCAUCUACGAUGAGAAGGUUUGCUGGUGGGAGUCCCUUAUCCUGAUUCUCAUGUAUGCUGUCUACAUCCUCAUCAUGAAGUUUAACGGCCGGGCGCAUCGUUACUUUGACCGUCGAAAGAAGAGCUCUGUGAGUCUGGCCAAUGGGCUGACAGGAAGCACCGAUCUGGAGGACAAUGUCACGUGUGAUGCUACUGCAGUCCUGCUCAAGAAAGCUAACUUCCACUGUAAGCCAUCAGUGCUGAUGGUGGAUGAGCUGCUGUCUGCAUACCCCCACCAGCUGUCCUUCUCUGAGGCCGGCAUGAGGAUCAUGAUCACCAAUCAUUUCUCCCCCAGGACCCGUCUCACCAUGGCCUCCCGCAUGCUCAUCACUGAGAGACAAAGACUGAUCAACACUUCAGAGACCCGAGUCAACCGAGUCACCAAUGGCGACUCAGACUCAGCGGCCAGGAGUCAGGGGAGGCGGGGCUUAGAGAAUGGGAUGGGCGGGACCGAGCAGGGUCUGAAUGGGAGAUGCAGACUUCAGCGGCUGGAGUCUGGUAAUGAGACAGAGAAUGAAAAUGAGGAUAAUGAGAACAAUGAGAACGACGAGGAAAGAGAGGAAGAAGAUGAUAAUAGAGGCCCCCUGGUGCCGUUCAAAAUUCCAGCUGGAGCGUGCAAUAAACUUACGUGGUUGACCAUGUGGCCGCUGUCCCUGCUCCUGUUCCUAACCGUGCCCAACUGUGCCAAGCGCCGCUGGGAGAGAUGGUUCCUAGUGUCCUUCUUCACGGCCACCAUGUGGAUCGCUGGCCUCUCAUACAUCAUGGUCUGGAUGGUGACUGUGAUCGGCUUCACGCUUGGUAUACCUGAUGUCAUCAUGGGCAUCACCUUCCUGGCAGCAGGCACCAGCGUCCCUGACUGCAUGGCUAGUGUCAUAGUGGCACGGCAAGGUCUGGGAGAUAUGGCCAUCUCCAACUCCAUAGGCAGUAAUGUGUUUGACAUCCUGGUGGGCCUGGGCCUGCCCUGGGCGCUGCAAACCCUCUGCAUCGACUACGGCUCCAUCAUCCAUCUUAGCAGCAGAGGUCUCAUAUUCUCUGUUGGACUCUUGCUUGCCUCAGUAUUCUUCACCGUUAUCGGUGUCCAUCUAAACAAAUGGACUCUGGACUGGCGACUGGGCUUGGUCUGCCUCGUCAUGUAUGCCGUCUUCCUGUGCUUCUCCAUCCUCAUCGAGUUCAACGUCUUCAUCUUCGUCAACCUCCCAACGUGCCGGGACAUCCACUGACCUCCCUCCUCCUCCUCUUCUUCUUCGACUUCUUCUUCCUCUGACUGAUGGAGGAAGUCUCACCUGGCUUCCAGUUUUUUGGCACCUUGGAACCAAGUCUUACUAUUUAUUUUUUCAAAUAGAGAAAUAGAGAUAUAUAUAUAAAUAUAUGAUUUAUCUUUGGUGCAAUACACACAAGAGAGAGGACACAGGAGGUUUCGAACUUUUGGGGACCGGAGAGGUGGCGUGGAGAGAAAGUCCCAGCAGCUGUGUUUGCUGCCAAUCGUCUGAUGAACCAAAAGGUUGGCGGGAAAGAACGUAACUGUAUUAACACGGACUGUUAGGCUACUGUUGGAGAAGAAGCUGCUACUGUAACUGACUGACUGACUGGAGGAAAGAGAGGAAUCCUGCGCGUACAGCGACUUUUAGCUGGAUUGUUUGUUACUCUUUGUACAAGAUUGGAUAUAAGCACACAAUUAAGGUAUUUUUAAGUAAAAACUGGCUUUCUCUGUAUAUAUUUGAGGAUUAUAUAAGUACUAAUAUGAGCUGAUAUACAGGACUCUUUUAUGCACAACUGGAUCAGUCUUGCAAAGCUAACUGGUCCGAUAACAGUUACAACAUUGUAUGCUUUAUUGUAGUUGUCUGGUCUGCCAGUAACAUACUCACCCUGCUCAGCACCAGCCAGCGUAGCAUGCUGUAAUAGCCACUAGUACAGUUGCGCUUUGCACUGUCAGAGAGAAUCUAGAUAUUUAACACUAUUCACAUAGAGUCUAUUCUUGUUUGUUUCUCUACAGGCAUAUCCAAGUAGAUGUGGGCUUUGUUGUUCUUUACUAAACCCACAUGAGAAAGGGAUCUCCCUGGGUAUGACAUCCAGCACUGUCACUUUAUGGAUUAGAGAUAAUCUUCUAUCUUUGCAAGGCGUCUACAGGUACUCUAAACAUGUAACUACUGAAGUUAAAGCUCCCUCUAGACAGUAGACCUCUUGUGCUGUAUUAAAGAGUUAGUUUUAAGUCUCUGAGUUGAAUCUCACGUUACUUCUUAAAUUAAAGCCAAAAGUAUUUUUAGAACAGGAGGAGUCUAGUAGAAUUGGACAUAAGAGUCGUGUGUGUGUGCGUGUGUCUCUGUGUGUGUGUGUCGGUGUUGAAGCACUUCAUUUCUGAUCGGUCCCGGUUAAUAUCAGGGGUAAGGUGUUAAUUGAUGUUAGUUUAAGGGUUUGUGUGUGUGUGUGUGUGCGUGUGUGUGUGUGUGUGUGUGUGUGUGUGUGUGUGUGUGUGUGUGUGUGUGUGUUUGCGUGUGCGUGUGUGCGUUUGUGUGUCACAAUCUUGAGGGGAACCAAGGAAACCACUGUUACUGGGAAGACAUAAUCAUGAUUUAUUUAUGAAUUAAUUUAUUCAAAGAUCAUGUCUAACCCUACAGUUUCAGCCCUUUGGGUCAUGUACAGUGUAUUAAAUGGAGCGCCCUCCACUCUUUGUUGAUGGAGCUGUAUGUACUGCUGUACCUAAUAUAUAAUUCAAGUACUGGAAACUGACUUGAUGUUGUUUAUAUUUAAGAUCUUAGAACUUCAUAAUUUAUAAGUUUUGUAUAGUUUGGAAAGAUGUUGCCGCAUUUGUAUAUUGGUGCAAACACAUUGGUUUUUGAAGAUGACACGCGGCCGGGUUGAGAUGACAUGGAGAGAAAAUGCGAUCUUUAUCACUGGUCUUAACAACAUAGGUAGGAGCCUGAACCCUGUGCAUGUUAAAUAAGUGAUGUCAAAGAUUCACUUUCAGGUAAAAAAGGAUGUAAAUGGCACAUGAAGCUUUGACCUUUCACCUCUCUUACACAGGGCUUGAACUCUUGUGCCAUCUUUUGUAUUUGAGGCUUCAAAACCAACGCCUGUGGCCAUUCUCCUGCUUGUAUUUGAGCCAUAAAAGAACCACCUUUGUCAACAGUAUUGCCACUCUCUUUCAGCGUGUGUUCAAAAAAAAGUGGAAUAUAUGUAUUUUUAUUUCAUUUUAAUUUUACCUGGAAAGAUACCCAUGUCAAUAGAAUUGCUUAUUAAUAAUUAAAAGCCUCCUCUGUAGGUGUUGAUGCUCCUCCUGCGGCCACAAGAUAGCGCUGUAGAGCUGUGCUACACCCUCAGAGAUGGCUGUUAUUUUACACAAACAGUAAAAAGUGGAUUGGAUGUAAUAUCAGGUAGGCUUCAUAGGGAUAAAUACUGGAAGGUUUGCAUGCCUUGUUCAGAAUUCAGUUUAUUUUGUGUGUAAUUUGAAUGCGUCUCCCAGAUCAAAAAGGCACUGUCUUGAUUAUGCUGUACAUAUCAGAGGGAUAUGCUAUUAUAAACACAGAUGUUUAAAUAACUGAGCAGUUGUAUUUGAGAUAUACAGUAUUUAGAAUGUAGGCCUAAAACAGUUAGUUUUCAGCUAAUUCAUGUCGUUUUAUGCUCAUGUCUUUUGAAUUGUUUGUAAAUCCUCAUUUUUGUUGAUGAGGACCUCUGGACUCGGAGCUCGGAGUCAAAACAGAGACACAAUCAUCUGCCUUGUUCCCAGUGGUCUUCUUGCAAUAAACUGAUU